AGCGAGCGCCGCUCCGAGUCCACUUUUGGCUGCGGGGCUGGAAGUUGCGGGCCGCUUGUUUUGCUGCUGAAGCGGAGAGGGCGAGGGGGGAGCUCGCGGGAAACGGGGUCGCUCGCUCCAUCCUCUGAGGGGAGGGGAAAAACAAGGGGAGCGCGAGUGGAAAGCAUUGGGAGCGCCGCGAAGUUCGCCUCAAGUCUCCGGGGGCAGCAGUAGCUGUCGACGGCAGCGGCGGCGGGACCAUGACGAGACUCGCCCUCCUGGUGCCUUUCGCCGCGCUGGUGCUGCUGGCGGGACGCGGCCGAGGAGGAGCCUAUUGUUUCAAUAUCUCAGACCAUGGAGAGGCCAUUAGGAAACUCGCAGGAACCAUUGAGAAAGUUGCCCAUGUCCCAGUCCAAAAAUGGGAAGGAUGGGACAUGACAUGGCUAAAUGGCUUAUUUCCCGAGUCAGCAAGGCUCAAAGGACAAGAUUUUGACUUGGGAGAUGCAUUGGCCGAUCCGACAGAUGUAACACAGAAGCCGAUUCCACCUAACAAAAAGCCAACACACAAUGAUGAUGAUGGCUUUAACUUGGAAGAUGCCUUUGGUGUGGAUGACCCCAAGAAGCCAGAACCACCAGCACCACCUCAGCCAAAUCCUGGAAGUCAUGGCAAUACUGGUGAUUUUAGUGAUUUGGAUUUAAAUGAUGGUCAGGCACCUGCAGAGCCACCAAAAGGCCGUGCUUCUAACCCUUCUGCAGGUGGACAUGGAGGCUCGGACUCUGGUGGCAAGGAGCAAGAAAAUCCAGGAAUGAUAGCUGGAAUUAUUAGCUCAGUACUUGUAGCAAUAGCUGGGGCUGUGUCAAGCUUUGUAGCCUACCAGAAGAAAAAGCUCUGCUUCAAAGCAAGUGAUGAAGAAAAUGUUAAUAUGCAAAGUCAACAAGGAGCACACUCUGAACCACCUGUUCAACGCACACUUUUGCAGAAACAGUAGCACCAUUUAAGAUUAAGUGAAGGCCAGAAAACUGGACAGAGAAUCUGCGUAUUUCCCUGAGAAAAUACCACACAUUUCAAGCAGCAAAAAAUUGAAGUUGCAAAGUAGAGUGGAAAUAGUCCUGUUGAAAAUGUCUUUUGAAAGGGAGAAUGGACGUUUUAACAAAUUAAGUACUUGUAUCUGUGGUUUACCCUUUGAAGUUCAAAGUUGCAUACUUGCUGAUUCCUGGCUUUAAAACAAAAGAAAAUUGUAUUUGUUGGAAACUGUUGCUUUUGUCCGAAGACUCAUAUUUUACAUUAUGGCAAGAACCUUAACAGGGGAGAUUAUUUUAAUGUAUACUGGUUAAAUGCCAAUGGGUAAGCUGCCCCUGCCUCUCAGUUGUUGGGAAUGGAAUAAAUGUUUGCCCUCUUCAUGUUAGUGCCCUAAAAUGCAGCAUCUUUCUUGUCCCCCAUAAGAAUAUAUCACAACCACCUCCCAAAUGGAUAGAAGUUAAGCAUAGCCCUCAGGCCUAUGCUUCACAUAGAGCUAAACUUCCUUGUCCCUAGAGACGCCAACUAUUUAAAAACUGCAUAACCUUAUCCUGGCUUUUGCUUUUUUUGUCAUCUUAGAAUGUGAGCAGUAGGUUUUUAUAUGUACAUGUAUUUGCCUUGGAAUAAGUGAUUAAGAUCUAAUGUCUAUUUUGGAGCAUCUCUGAUAAGUGUACAUUUGCUUUACAGUGAAUGUAUAGAACAGGCAUCCCCAAACUUCGGCCCUCCAGAUGUUUUGAACUACAAUUCCCAUCAUCCCUGACCACUGGUCAUGUUAGCUAGGGAUCAUGGGAGUUGUAGGCCAAAACAUCUGGAGGGCCGCAGUUUGGGGGGUGCCUGGCAUAGAAGGUGGAGGUGCUAUACGCAUUGCCUUGCUACUUAUUCUCACUCAGAGAAAGUCCUAUCUAGUAUACAUGUUACACCUGGGGCCUUUUGAAUGCAAAAUAACAAUACAAUGGUACCUCAGGUUAUGAACGUAACCCAAAGCAUUUGUAACCCAAGGUACCACUGUAUUAUAUUGAAACGAAGUGUGGAAUUUUUGGGGUGGGAGAGGAGGUCACAGUAAAGCUGUGCAGCUGCAGAAGCAUAUCAUGUAUAACUCAUCCAGCCACUGUGCCACUGUCUCUGAGCUGGAGUUGUUUUCUACAAGAAUACCAAAAAUUAAUUUAGCAAAUGCAAUUGCCAUUUAAAACUCAGUGAUAGCAUGUGCCUCUGACUAUGGGAUUUACCUCUUUAUUAUUCACAAGUGCCCUGCUUCCUCUUGUUUCGUAUUUACAAAAAAAAAAGUUGACAUUCUUGUGACCACUUGGCUAUAUUUUUCAGUAAAUGGCUUCCAACAAGGCUUGUUUGACCAAUUCAGAUGCCUUUAGUUGCAUACCUUGAAGUGCCAUUAAUAUAGCAGUAGGUAAUUGAUCAAAAUAAUACGAACUGAGCACUCUGUAUUCCACUUCAUGUGCAGAAAGGCUUGAGAAAGGUCACUGGGAGCAUGAAAAUGGAUUGUUUUCAUUGGAUCUAAAUAAAUUCCUGUCUACAUGCUUUUGGUUUCAAGAUUGUGGUAAACGUUUGGCACAAGCUGACAGCAAAAAAAAUUAACCAGCUAAAUCAUGCAAUGAGCAUUAUUUUUGGAACUCAGAUACUUUCUCUCUAAGCAUUGUGCCAAUGUAAAAUCAAAGUUAUUGCAUAGAAUGUGAUUUCUGCAUGCAUGACUCUCGUAAUCAAAGCAAUAUUGGAUGGCAUGUUCCUAUUUAAACUAGAAACUAGAUGGUAGCUAGCCACAGGUGUGGAGCAUGGGUGCUUAAAUUUAUUUCCAUUUUUAAUGCGCACAGAACUCAAGAUCAGUUCUUCAUCAUAUUAUAAACUGAGCUAGGCACAUGCUCCACAGCAAAUGCGCAUCAUAGUUAAUCCAAUAAGAAUAUUGCAUUUUGAGGCAAUAUGUGCCACUGAAUGCAACUUGCAAAGUGGUAAUACUUUUUUUAAAAAAGAAAAUAAUCAUUUUGUAAACUACAAUCAAUGCUAAACUUAAUAUUGGAGUUCUGCUGAUUUCUAAAGAUGUUUCUAUGUCAUUCCUAAGCAGCAGAGUCUGAAUUUGUGCCUAUUACCCCCACAUCUUUGCAUAUUUUAUUUAAAGCUCCACAGAAUUCAGGACAGCUUACUUCCCAAUGACAUGUGUAUAAAAUUGGCUGCACUCCUAUAUGUAUAUGGAAGUAAACUAUAUUGAGGUCUGUGGGGCUUGUUUCUGAAUAAACAGACAUACAAUCAGGCCGUUAAUUUCUAAUGGAAAUCAUUGUUUUAUUUCAUCCCAUCUUAUUUCAUGUGCACUAUGUGAUAAAAAUGACUUAAAACAGUAGCUGUUUGAGUGUGCUAAACUUCAAGUAGAGCAAGGAUGGUGAGCCUUUGCUCCUGCAGAGAUUGCUGGACUACAGCUGCCAUCUUCCUUGACUAUUUGCCAUUCUGGCUGGCACUGAUGGGAGUUGGAGGCCAGCAACAUUUGGGGACCACAGGUGUAAAUUAGUGUUUUGGCUCCUUAGAUUGCGAGAACUUCUAGGAAUUUGGUAAUUAAGACAUAAUACUUGUGAUCUUUUUUAAAAAAUAAAAAUCAACAAAACCUAAAA